ACCUAUAUGAUAAAAUAAUAAGAUAAUUUAAACAAAAAUAAAAAAUAAAAAUAAAAUCCAUAAAUAGAAUACUCGGCAUCAGACAAGCCACAAAAUAGUCUCUAAGCUGAGCAGAGGAGAGAGCAGAGACAAAAGGGAGGCAGAAAGAAAGCACAGAAUAGUCCAGAGGAGGCUGUGAAACAGAGCAGGUGAGGGAUCAUGCCAAAACCCUAAUGAUUUUUUCUUGUUUUAGGCCAAAGCUACCGAUUUUGACACUCACUUACCGUUCUCUCAUCCUAUCUUCUCUCUGUAAUCACUUCUCCACAUUCUCACCCAUCUCUUCUUCUUCUUCCCUGAUUCGCCAUAUCUCCAACGCCUUCCUUCAUGGUAACUUCAAGCUCUUGGACCCAUCUCUCAUCUCUCAGCUUCAAACCAACCACCUCCACCAUGUUCUUCUUGCCCUCCGAACCAACCCUAUUUCAGCCAUUCGCUUUUUUGAAUGGUCUCGACGAUGUCUGGGCUUGCAUCACACGCCAAGCUCGUAUUGUGGCCUUCUUCAUGUGCUUCUCCGGCACCGGAUGUUUGGCCCCGCGAGACAAGUUUUCGAUGAAAUGGUUGGGGAAUUUGGUACCAACUUUGAUGUUUCUCGGUUAUUCUUUGAGGGUUUUAAGAUUUAUGGUCCUGGUUAUUGUGAUAUUUGUAGCUUUUUCAUUGACAGUUGUUUCCGUAAUAAGAUGAUUGCUCUGUCUGUGGACACAUUCAAGCAUGUUUCUAAAUUGGGUAUUCCAAUUUCUUCCAGCACUUUAUUUAGAAUGUUGGGUUCUCUUGUUGGUUCAAAUUGUUUGGAUGAGAUUCUUGAUGUUUAUGGAGAUAUGGGUAGAGUAGUAAAAGGAGAACAUCAUUGUGUAUAUGGUUUUGUUGUGGAUGGUUUUCUGAACAAGGGUGAAGUUGAAAUGGCUUUGAAUUUUCACCAGGGGGUGGUUGAGAGAGGCUUCAUGCUUGAUAUUGUGGCUUGCAAUAAAGUUUUAAAGAGCCUCUGUAACAAAAAUCAGAUAGCAGUUGCUGAUGAUUUGUUUGAUAAAAUACUUAGAGUCGGUCCGACACCAAAUGUGGUGACAUUUAGCGUUUUGAUUAGUGCAUACUGUAAGGAUACAAAAUUGGAAGAAGCAUUUCAACUGUAUAAGCUAAUGGUAGCUAGGGGUAUAAAGCCAGAUCUAAUUGUGUAUAGUAUCCUUAUUGAUGGUUUCUUUAGGGCUGGAAAAUUGGAGGAAGGACAUGAGAUUCUUUCAGUGGCAUCGGAUAGUGGCAUUAAGUUGGAUGUAGUGAUUUUCAGUUCAAUCAUGGAUGCGCAUGUGAGAAAUGGAGAUUUUGAGAAGGUACUUGAUAUAUACAAAACCAUGCUGAAAGAGGGGAUUUCACCUAAUAUUGUUAGUUAUAGUAUUCUCAUAAAAGGGUUUUGUGAGGAUGGUAAGAUCAUGGAAGCUUGUGGAAUAUGGGGUCAGAUUUUGAAGCGUGGUUUUACACCAUCCAUUUUAACUUAUAGUAGUUUGAUUAAUGGAUUCUUCAAAGUAGGAAAUUUGAAAGAUGGGAUUUUCCUCUAUAAAUUGAUGAUUAAAAUUGGUUAUGAACCUGAUAUUACAAUUUAUGGCGUACUAAUAAAUGGUCUUUGUAGGAAAGGAUUGAUGUCUAUUGCUCAUGGACUCUUCUAUCAGGCUCUUAUCAAGGGAAUUAAACCUAAUGUAUAUACUUUCAACAUGCUGAUACAUGGUUGGUUUAGUGUAAAAAGACUAAGGGAUGCUGUGAGGUUGUACUCACAGAUGGGCAUGUACAAUGUAAAAGCAGACAUGGUAACCCAUACUGUACUUAUUAGAGGGCUUGCUGAGCUAGGGAUAUCAAAGGCUGCAUUAGUUUUUUUCUUCCAAACACUAAAGAGGGGUUUCACUCCAGAUGCUAUAACAUAUUGCAUAAUAAUUGAUAGUUUCUGCAAGCAGAAAAAUACAUCUGCAGGCUUGUGGAUUUUCAAAUUGAUGCUGCAGAAUCAAAUACGUCCCGACAUUGCUAUUUAUAAUGUUCUCCUAAGUAUGUAUUUCAAAGAAUGUAAUCUUGAAGCGGCACUUGGACUUUUCCAGCAGCUAACAGAAAGAGGGCCGGAGCCUGAUAUUGUAACAUAUAAUACAAUGAUCUGUGGUUAUUGCUCCUUGAGAAGGUUGGAUGAGGCAGUUAAACUUUUUAAGAGGCUGCAAUGUGGUUGGUAUAAACCUAAUGCUAUCACAUUUACAAUAUUGAUUGAUGCAUACUGUAAAGAGAACAGAAUGGAUGAUGCAAUGUUGAUGUUUGAAAAAAUGGUGGAAAGGGGUCCCGAACCCAAUGUUGUAACGUAUAGUUGUUUAAUAGAUGGUUACUUCAAAUCUCAAAACUUGGAAAAUGCCUUUGACCUUCAUGAAGAGAUGCUUAAGAAGGUGUCCCCUAAUAUAGUCAGUUACAGCAUCCUCAUUGAUGGUCUUUGCAAAAGGGGACUAAUGGAGAAAGCAUCGCUUGCAUUUCAAUGCGCUCUUGACAGGCGUUUGGUGCCUGAUGUUAUAGCAUAUGGGAUUUUGAUUUGUGGCUACUGCAAGGUUGGAAGAUUAGCUGAAGCUAUGAUGUUGUAUGACAAAAUGUUAAUUAGCGGCAUCACACCAGAUGAUUUGAUACAGAGAACAAUUGCAGGAUAUCUUCUUGAAUUUCAUUAGUUGAAGUAUAUGUGCAAACACAGGUUUUUAUAUAUAUAAUCUCAGUUCUAUAGUA